ACCAUUGCCAUGAGCAUGCGCUUCACGAAUACAUUCCUGGCCUCGUCUCGACCUUAGCCGCUGAGGUUCUACUGCGCCAAAAAUAUAUUCUCUUAACACCUCUCAAAUUCAACACCGCCUGUGGAGCUUUGUGACCUCAGCAUCUGCGUUGCGACUGCCUGGUACCUCGUCGCCCCGAUUUCACCCAAAUCCCCUGCCUCGACUCCCUCAGCCAAAAUGGCGACCGAAGAUGCGCGCUACCGACAAUCCUCCCAAUUCCGCCUGUGGUCCUUCGCGCCCUCCCACCUCGCUUCCCUACGUAGCGAAAGCAACAUGCUCGCGAAAACAGCCAUCUCAGCACGUCUACAAUCCUCCAAUCCACCCGUUUGCCCCAUCCCUGACUUCCUCACCCCAGCCGAAGAAGCCUCCCUUUUGACGUACUACACCAACGAGCUCCUGCGCGCCGCCGAGUUUUGCGAGCUCCCCACCGAGAUCCGCGCCACCUCGGCCAUCUUCUUGCGCCGCUUCUACGUCACUAACUCCAUCAUGACGUACCCUCCGACCGAGCUGCUCAAGACGUGUCUGUUCUUCGGGUCCAAGGCCGACGGGUUCUACAUCCGGCUGAACAAGUUUGCGGAGAAGUUCCCCAAUACUACCGGCGAGGAGGUGAUUGCGGCCGAGUACAUUUUGUGCCAGGGAAUACGGUUCGCGUUCGAUGUGCGGCAUCCCUUUCGGGCGCUUGAGGGCGCUAUUAUGGAGUUAAGACGGCUGGAGAGUUUUGAGAACGAUAGGAUUGAUCGCGCGCAUGGAAAUGCUAGGAAUAUCCUUAAGUACAGUCCGUUAGUCACGGAUGCGUAUUUUCAUUAUACGCCGAGUCAGAUUAUGUUUGCUGCUUUGUCACUAGCAGACGAGGAUCUGGCGGAGCGGUUGAUAAAGAAUGCGUUCUCAGGGGCGCCUUGGGAAGUCGAGAAGAAGGUCGUGGAGGUGGUGCAGUCGUGUAGAGAGAUGUUGCAAUGCGAGCCGCCAGAGAAGAUGAAUGACCAAGAGGUCAGGAAGGCGAUGAAGCCUCUGAUCAAGAAGCUGAAGAAGUGCCGAGAUCCCGACAGAGUCGACUUGGUGGCCUUGCAGAAGGCGAGGAAGGAACAAGCCGGACAGAAGCCCAAGAAGCCCAAGUCUGGACUGCAGGAUGAUGAGGCAGUCUUUGGUGGAGCCCUCGUUGACGAACGCGAAGCUAAGAGGCGCAAGAUGGCCGAGGCUGCCAAUGAUCCCUUUGGACCUGCUCUAGGUUGAGAUGAAGUGCUUCUGACCAGGACCAAUGCAGGGAGGCCGACGAAACACCAGGAUGGGCACGAGACAUAAGAACGAGGCUAUACGAAGAGUGAUGAUGCUCCGUGGACAGCUCUAUACCCCAUCACUUUUGACAUUAGUCACAGCAUGAUCUAGUAAUGUACAAAUGCUUUAUAUACAGACGUUGAACAUUGCGUAGG